UUCUCUUGUUAAGACAGAAUGUACUAUACCAGCAAUGGAAGUUUGGAGCUGUAGGAAGAUACUAACAUCUGCUCGCUGCACUGAAAUCUGGAGGUUCCAACAAGCCCCUGUCUCUCCUUACUCAGGGUAAUCAGUUUUAAAAGCAAUGAUCUGAAGAUAAUUUUCUUUAAAACUUUGCUUCAGAAGGAAUGUAUUUCACUCAUUGGCUGAAAUGUAUGAAAACAACACAGAACCUCCUCCAUUAUUCAAUCAACCGGAAUGUUUCCACGUCGAUGAUGAAUUUAUUCAGACACAAGAAUGCAAAAAGGAUUGAAGGCCUGGAUAAGAAUAUGUGGGUUGAAUUGACUAAGUUGGCUGCUGCACCAGGGGUGGUUAAUCUUGGUCAGGGAUUCCCAGACAUACCGCCUCCUCCCUAUAUAACGGAAGCCUUGGCUAACGCUGCAGUGGGUGAAAACUUCAUGUUGAACCAGUACACAAGAGGAUUUGGUCACCCUCCAUUAGUGAAGGCACUUGCCGAACUAUAUGGACACAUAUGUGGACGUUCCAUCGAUCCAAAUAAAGAGAUUUUGGUAACAGUUGGUGCCUACGGUUCUCUUUCUAACGCUAUACAAGGACUGGUUGAUGAGGGAGAUGAGGUGAUUAUCAUUGAGCCAUUCUUUGACUGUUAUGAGUCAAUGGUUAAAAUGGCUGGAGGAAUCCCAGUCUUCAUCUCAUUAAAGCCUGUAAAAGAAAAAGUCGAGCAAGGCAUGAGUGAUAGUGGAGAUUGGGGACUUGAUGAAGAAGAACUUUCCAGUAAAUUUAAUUCUCGGACCAAAGCAAUAAUCAUUAACACGCCCAAUAAUCCGUUGGGCAAGAUAUUUAAAAUGGAAGAACUGAAGAUGAUCGCAGACCUGUGCAUUAAGCACGACGUUCUCUGCAUCAGUGAUGAGGUGUAUGAGUGGCUCGUGUACAGUGGACAUAAGCACAUCAAAAUAGCAACUUUGCCAGGAAUGUGGGAAAGGACUAUUACCAUUGGAAGUGCUGGGAAGACUUUUAGCGUGACUGGUUGGAAGCUUGGUUGGUCUAUUGGUCCAGCGCACCUGAUAAAACAUCUUCAGACUGUUCAACAGAACACCAUUUAUACUUGCAACACUCCUGUUCAGGAAGCUGUUGCCCGAGGUAUUCAGAAGGAAUAUGGCCGCCUGACAGAUGAGGAUUGCUACUUCCUGUCUCUACCCCGUGAGCUGGAAGUCAAGCGGAACCGCAUGGCCCAGUUUCUCCAUGCUGUCGGGAUGAAGCCAGUCAUCCCUGAAGGUGGUUACUUCAUGGUUGUCGAUAUUUCCACUCUAAAUGUCGAUCUCUCCAAAAUGGAAGGGAAUGAGCCUUAUGAUAACCUCUUUGUGAAGUGGAUGAUUAAAAACAAGCGACUGGCAGCUAUCCCUGUGACCUCAUUUGUCAGUGACCAGGCCAAGAGCCAGUUUGAGAAGUACAUUCGUUUCUGCUUUGUCAAGCAAGACAGUACCUUGAAUUCAGCGGAGAGCAUUCUGAGAAACUGGAAAUAAAAGCCAUUGCUUCACUAAUGGAGUAGCAAUCUACAUAUCAACCUGACUGGCCUUAAAUUUCUUUUUGAGUAAAACAGGUAGUCUUCCGCUUUUCCUUGCUUUCCUCAAAGCACUGAAUUGAACAGGUCAAAGAUUUGCAGGAACUGGGAGCCUGCUAAAUAUCAUCUGGUUUUUGAGGUUUCACCUGGAAAUGAUUGGUUCUACAAUACAAUAAAACAUAUCCCUGCUGAAAUUGA